ACAACAACCACCACCACCACCACACCACACCCAAACACUAACAUCUAAUCCACAUCCACGCCACACGCGCGCAGAUUCAGCUCGGGAGACUUGUCUUCCGAGGUCGACGAUGUCGAUCCCAAUAGCUUGCCGCCAGCUGCGCGUCCUAUUCAGGACCAGCCAACGAAGCCGCCUGUGGCCGGCGGCCCACCGAACAUGCCGCCGCCGCCGGCUCCGGGCCAACUGCCGCCGCAGCCCGCCGGCGCCGCUCCGGAGCUGUCGCUGAGCUUUGGCGCUGGCAAGGCACCGCCGACAGCGGCUCCGGCUCCGCCACGUGGCGUGAGCGCGCCCACCAGCCCGGCCAAGUCGCGCGAGAGUCUCCUGCAGCGCGUGCAGAGCUUAACGGGCGCCGCUCGAGAUCAGGGCGCCUCCAUAUUGGGAGCUGCUGUCCAGAGUGCCACUCAGCGGGCGCCCGCCUUCAACAAGGACAGAUACUUCACGCUUCUGGUGCUGGAUGAUCAGAACACGGACUGGUCCAAGUACUUCCGCGGCCGGCGGUUGCACGGUGACUUCGACAUACGCGUGGAGCAGGCGGAGUUCCGAGACAUCACCGUCGUUUCCAGCGCCGACACCGGACCGGUCGUCACCAUGGCCGCCUAUCGCAGCGGCACCCGGGUUGCCCGUUCUUUUCGGCCGGAUUUCGUGUUGAUACGCCAACCGCCGCGCGAUGGCUCCAGCGACUUCCGCUCGACCAUUUUGGGUCUCAAGUACGGCGGAGUGCCCAGCAUCAAUUCUCUGCACUCCAUCUACCAGUUCCAGGAUAAGCCAUGGGUGUUCGCGCAUCUGCUGCAGCUGCAGCGGCGCCUGGGACGCGACGGCUUUCCGCUGAUCGAGCAGACAUUCUUCCCGAAUCCGCGUGAUUUGUUCCAAUUCACGAAGUUCCCCAGCGUGCUGAAGGCUGGCCAUUGCCAUGGCGGCGUGGCCACGGCCCGCCUGGAGAACCAGAGCGCCUUGCAAGAAGCCGCGGGACUUGUCAGCGGCGCUGGCAACGAUUCGCAUUGUUAUUGCACCAUCGAGCCCUACAUCGAUGCCAAGUUCAGCGUGCACAUUCAAAAGAUUGGCAACAACUACAAGGCGUUCAUGCGCAAAUCCAUCACUGGCAAUUGGAAGACCAAUCAAGGCUCAGCCAUGCUCGAGCAAAUCACUUUAACCGAGAAGUACAAAACCUGGGUGGAUGAGAUAUCGGAACUGUUUGGCGGCAUGGAGGUGUGCGGCCUUUCCGUGGUGGUGGGCAAAGACGGGCGCGAGUACAUAAUCAGUGCCUGCGACAGCACUUUCGCCCUGAUUGGCGACAGCCAGGAGGAGGACCGCAGGCAGAUAGCCGACCUGGUGUCUGGGCGCAUGCAGAACGUGUGCCGGCCCAGCAUGGCGCAGACGGGUCCCGGCAAGCUGCCGUCGCGCUCUUCGGUCUCCUCGCGCGCCGAGAGUCCCACUGAUGAGCUGGCACCGACUCCGCCUCUGCCCGCUGGACCGCGGCCAGCCCCGAUGGGCGGACCACCACCCAUACCGGAGCGCACCUCGCCGGCGGUGGGCUCGAUUGGGCGCUUGAGCAGCCGUAGCAGCAUUUCAGAGCUGCCCGAGGAGCCGUCCUCGUCGGUGCCCAGCUCGGUGGGCGGGGUGCGUCGCGACUCGCAGACGUCGCAGGCGUCGAGCAUCUCGACUGCAUCCCGGGUCGGACAGCGUCCUCCGCAAACUCAGAGCUCCGUCGUCGAGGAUGCGGAGGACACCAUGAAGAACCUGAGGAAGACCUUCGCGGGGAUAUUUGGCGACAUGUAGGAAAUCGCUAAUAAGAAGCGCGGCAGAACGGCGAGCGAGACUAGCAACAGCAGCGGGCUGGGCAGCGUGCCCAGUAGCGCUGGACCCACCAGCAGCGGCGGCAGUGGCUUCAGCGGCUCCUUUCUGGGUAAGCAGUUCUCGUUCGCCUCGGGCGGCAAGUCCGGCGGUUCGGAUGUGAUCUCCACACAGCCCAGCCGACCGCAGGAGGAGCCAGCAGCAGCAGCAGCUGCUGCAGCAACGGCCGGCUCAGCCGUUAGGCCCGCUGCCAGCGUUUCGGAUAGCGACAAUACUACGGAUAUAACAGCAACAACAACUGCAGGGUAUAAGCCCGUCACCAACUUUGAGCCACAGGAGCGGGUCAAUCCCUUCGACAAGGAGCCACACAAGUCGGUUAGCAUCGCCAGCAUCGGUGCCGCCUCGAACACAACCUCAUCCUCAUCAUCGAUUUCGUCGUCCUCGAUCUCGUCGCGCAUCAAUCGCAAUGGCAACAGCAUCAAGUCGCCGCCACCACCGGCCGGACCGCCACCACCGCCGCCGAACGUGGCCACCAAUGCCAACGUCAACACGAACACGAACAGCUCGAGCGUGAGCGCCAGCGCCUAUCGCAGCAGCUUCAGCAGCACCCUGAGCAAAGACAAGACCAGCUACGGCAACUACGACAGCAACAGUUCCAUUGAGACCAUCACUCGCAUGGACACCAACACCACGAAUACGGCGGCCAUUGACACGGGUGCAGGCGCUGGCGCCGGCGCAAGCGAGGCGAGCGGCAUCACGGCGAUUACCACCGGAGCCGGGACCGGGGCCACCGCCAAUGCCACCAUCACCAGUUCGGCGUCCAACAACGAUUGGCGCUCGGCCAUUGGGCUGCGCUCGGCCAGCGUUUACAGUGCGCCGGCGGCUGUGACCACAGCUGCUCUGCCGGGCGACACCUCCGGCUACGACUCGAACUCGCUGGCCUCGCAGGCCGGCUACAACAAUCCCAGCGAUCUGCCCUCGUACACGCGGCCCUCUUACUCCCGCUCCGAGAGCAAUGCAUCGAAGCAAUCCGAUCUGGACAUCAUCUUCGGAGAUGGCAAGACCUCAACAACCUCCAGCUCGGGCAAUGGCAAAUACACGCGCUCCGGCGGCUCCAUCUCGGAUGCGGACAUGAUAUUCGGCGGACCGCCCUCCAACUAUAAGACCGAUCGCUUCGGCGCCUCCAAGAGCAUGAGCAUGAGCUCCAGCGGCGUUGGAGCCAGCUCCAACUCCUACAAGAUAUACGAGGGCAUACAGAACGCGGCCUUCAGCGACUUUAGCGAUACGGGCAGCGUGAGCAGCGUGAACUCAACUGGCAGACGCUGGAACGCCAAGCCCGAGGAGGAGGACGAGCUGGAUUUGAAAUGAAUCCAGAAACACACACACCCACACUCACUCACUCUCGAAUACUUCAUGGAGCGAGCAUUCAUAGCAUAUCUCAUUCACAAACACAUUUCAACUAUUGAGAAUCUGUCUUUUUUCUGCCUCCGAAGUUUCCUGGUUUCAUAAGGGAAUGAACAUGCAUCAGCAUUAGCAUCAGCAUCAGCAUUAGCAUUAGCAUUAUCUCUACACACAUUGAGUUACUAUAGUUUCCACUAUCGAUACAAGAGUUUUAUGAAUAUGCUACGAUAUCUAUAUGUACAAUCUCCUGUUAUUAUAUAUAUAAAUAAUAUGUAUGCAGUUACUUCUCAUUUGCGAUAUGGUAGAGCGAAACGAGAACUACUCUCAACUACUCACAAUGUAUAAUUAUAACCACC